AUGGCUCCUCCCGCGCCGCCGGCGAGCGCCGCGCAGCACCAGUUCCUCGACACGGCGCUGCCCUACGCCGACGACGUCAAGUGGCUCGUCCCCGACCAUCUCGCCACGCUCGCCGAGGCCUUCCCCUCGCUCCGCCCCAGGACCGCCCUCUUCACCCACGACGACGGCCGCGCCGCGCGCCUGCUCCAGGCCGCCGGCACCAUCCCGAUCGUCCACGCGGGGGGCUCCUAUGACCUCCCUGCCGUCGUCUGGCUCCCGGAGCGCUACCCGCGGUGCCCGCCCCUCGUGUUCCUCUCGCCGGCCCGCGGCACGGUGCUCAGAACAGACCACCCCCUCGUCGACCGCUCGGGCCUCGUCGCCGCCGCCGCCGCCGCCCCGUACCUCCGCUCCUGGGCGUUCCCGUCCUCCAACCUGCGAGACCUCGUCCGGUCCCUCUCCCACGCCUUCGGCAUCGACCCACCCCUCCUCCCCGCCGAGGUCGCCUACAGGCGCGAGGCCCUCGCCGCCAUGGCCUGCGCCGACGUUGCCGCCCUGCGCUCCGCGAGCGAGGCCGAGAUGGACGCCCUGUUCGCCGUGCAGGCCGAGCUGCGCGUGCGGGGCGUGGCGGCGGACGGCGUGGUGCGCCGGGCAGGGGAGGAGGUGGACGCGUUGGAGCGGCGGCUGCAGGACGUGACGGUGGCCGCGUACGCCCUGGAGGCCUGGGUCGCGGCGAACCGGGCGACGGUGGCCGCGCACGGCGACGCGCAGGCGGGGGCGGCAGUUCAGCCCGCGGACGCGCUCUCGGUGCAGAGGCUCGAGUGCGCGGCCAUGGAUCUGGCGCUGGAGGACAGCAUGUACGCGCUGGACGAGGCGGUGCAGGGAGGGGCCGUGCCGUUCAGCGGCUACCUCCGGAGCGUGCGCGCGCUGGCGCGGGAGCAGUUCUUCCAGCGUGCCCUCUGGACCAAACUUUGCUAG